GGCGACAGUUCAUCUUUCUUUGUGGACGAGUCAUAUGAAAACUAAUAAGCUACAGUGAAGAAGAGAAAGUGAAACUUUUGGAGAUUUGUACAGUUGCAAUCUCAAAUCGCUUAUUCGCUCCUACUGUAGUGUCUUCUCAUUCAGAUCUGCUAAGUAAGUAACAGGAUGGCGACUUGGCCGAGGUACCCUUGCUCCUGUGACACUUUUGUGGCUCUUCCGCAGUCCACUGUGGGAGAGCGUGUUAUUUUUGGAAAGAAUUCCGACAGGCCUUGCGAUGAAGUUCAAGAGGUGGUGUAUUUUCCUGCAAAAAAGUACGAAUCAGGAGCUCAGCUGGAGUGCACAUAUAUCAAGAUCGAUCAGGUUCCUGAAACCUAUGCUGUGGUGCUGAGCCGACCCGCCUGGCUUUGGGGAGCUGAAAUGGGGGCGAAUGAGCAUCAGGUCUGCAUCGGGAAUGAAGCCGUGUGGGGGAGAGAGGAGGCCAGCGACGCAGAAGCCCUGCUGGGCAUGGAUCUGGUCAGACUUGGUCUAGAAAGAGCGGACACUGCUGAGAAGGCUCUCGACGUCAUUGUGGACUUACUGGAAAAGUACGGCCAAGGAGGAAAUUGCAUGGAAGAUGAGUGUACCUUUACAUACCACAACAGCUUCUUAAUUGCAGACAGGACUGUGGCCUGGGUCUUGGAGACUUCAGGGAAGCACUGGGCAGCAGAGAAGAUAACAGAGGGAACUUGCAACAUUUCGAACCAGUUCUCCAUAACAACGAAGAUUGACCGAGAGCACCCAGAGCUGAGAGAGCAUGCCAGGGGCAGGGGCUGGUGGGAUCCAGAGAAGGAGUUUAGUUUUGCUGCCGUCUAUUCAUAUGCGAACACUGCCAGAAUCGAUGCCUCUGGCAGCAGAUACUGCGAGGGCCGAAAACUUUUGGAAAAAAAUAAAGGAAGUAUUACUGCUGAAAGCAUGAUGGGAAUUCUAAGAGACAAGGACAGUGGCAUAAACAUGGAGGGAGCUUUCCUCACAACAGGCAGCAUGGUCUCUGUCCUGCCCAGAGAUCCCAGUCUGCCUGGAGUGCACUACUUCACUGGGACUCCCGAUCCUGAAAGGUCAGUCUUUAAGCCCUUCAUCUUUGUGAAAAACAUUCAACAGCUGCAGAAAACGAGCUCACCUAGAUACGGACCAGAAGAUCCGGUGAAGAAGCAGCCCCGGUUUCAGUCAAAGCCGGACCGCAAACACAUACUAUACAAAAAACAUGAAGUAGCAGCUAAAAUAAUCAAGACGACAAAGGAGAAGGGCGCGGAGAUGAUGAAGAAGAUGAGACAGUUGGAAAAAGAGAAAAUUGCAGAAAUGGAGAAGUUUUUACAGUGUGGUAUUGAAGACUCUACAUUAGUUGUUCAUCUCUUUGCCGACACUGUGGAGGAAGAACUUAAAGCAUACAGCUAAGAUGGGAAUUGUCAUGCUUAAAAAAAAAAAUCUAAGAAUAUAAGGAAAAUGGACAUGUCUGACUACUAAAGUACUAAAGAACGCCAAGGUCAUGAUCAUGCAAAUUAAAAUGAACAUUACCAUCUAGAAGUAAGAGGCUUCAACAGUUAUGAGUAUUUGCAUUGUUAAUGCACAUCUGUAUUUAGGAUGGCUGAGUCUUCUACGGUAAUUAUUCUAUACUUUAAUGCUAGGUUAUCACAUUUAAUGCAUUAAGAAGUUUCAGAAAUCAUUUCACAGUAUACUGGUAGUUGCCUACGAUACUGUGAUUAAAAAUAACUUAUUUAGUAUUCAAAUAUUUUGUCUGUAAAUCCAACUGAGUUACCUUCUUUUCUAAGAAAGUAAAAGGGCAAAGCCCAGCAAUUAGUAAAUAUUGAAUAUGGGGUUUCAGUAAAUCACAAAAUGCUCAAAUAUUUAAUACCUUAAAAUGCUUUGGAAUAAAUGGUCUUCUUUUUUAUGCUUAGUAAUGUUUUAUAGAGAGUGUCUUGCAGCUGUACCUAAAAAGUAUAUUGCUGGACUGACAUUUACUGUAGCAUACUGUAGUAGUUAUACAUUCUUUGGCUUUUCAGGCAUUGGUAUUCACUAGUCAGGUAAGAUACAUGGCUUGUAAGAGGGAAUUAAAUGUUAAUAUCACUGUAUUAUUUGGAUCAUUUUCUUGGAAAGUUACAUAUUUUUCUGUUCCUACAAUAAAUGAUAUCUAUUGCA